GUCUGGCGGAACUAGGCUGAUUACCUGAGAGAGCAGGUUUGUGUUCAACUUAGAAAGGGUAUUUCUGCGAUUCCCGUCAAACUCAACGUCUUUUUGUCAUCUUUGUUAAACAGACAGCAUUUGACAGAAGUGUUUUAACGGAAAGAAAACCGAGGAGAUCUAUUAACUUCCCGCAUUCUGUCAUGAAAUCUUUGCGGAUGUUUACCUUACAUGAACUGGACGUUUUGUUUGGCUAGCAAGGUAGCUGCAAUGCGCUAACACCAGCUGUUCUGUUACGGACAAGGCUCUUAGAGGCCCGGUUUAAACGGGAAUAAAGGGUUUUGUGAAGCGAACAGCGGUGUAACCUUUAGAAAAGCUGGUGUUUCGUGGCAAACGGAGGCUUGUUGCUGAAGUGGUAAACAGUAGCUCCCCAGCUAAUGUCCUCGUUUUACUGGAUUUCUGGAGUAGGAGCUUAACGCUCGUCUCUUCGACACUAAAUUCAGUUGCCUCUUCCAGCCGUAGAUGCCCUCUGAGUGACUCCAGGAACCUGUUUUCUGCUUUGCUGUGAGGCCAUGGCUGCUGCCAACAUCACCAGGGAGAUUCUGCACAGGCAGAUCAGGGACAAGAGGACGUCUGGCUUUCAGAGGUGUUUUCAUGUCACCGAUCCCUUUAUUAAAAGACUUGGAUUGGAAGCUGAACUUCAGGGCCAUACCGGCUGUGUGAACUGUUUGGAAUGGAACGAACAAGGAGAUCUGCUGGCUUCAGGCUCAGAUGAUCAACAUGCCAUCAUCUGGGAUCCAUUCAGACAUAAGAAGCUCACAACCAUGCACACGGGUCAUGCUGCGAAUAUAUUUUCUGUUAAGUUCCUCCCUCACACUGGGGACAGGAUCUUGGUAACAGGUGCAGCCGACACAAAGGUCCAUGUCCACGACCUGACCGUGAAGGAAACCAUCCAUAUGUUCUCUGAUCACACUAAUAGAGUGAAACGUAUCGCCACGGCACCAAUGUGGCCCAACACCUUCUGGAGUGCUGCAGAGGAUGGCAUCAUCAGACAGUAUGAUCUGCGCGAGAACAGUAAACACUCUGAGGUUCUGAUUGACCUGACAGAGUUUUGUGGGCAGUUGGCUGAGGCCAAGUGCCUCGCAGUGAAUCCGCGGGACAAUAACUACCUAGCAGUGGGAGCCAACGGGCCUUUCGUUCGCCUCUAUGACAUCAGGAUGAUUCACAACUACAGGAAAUCUAUGAGUCAGAACACUUCAGCGGCUGUGCAAACGUUCUGUGACAGGCAGAAGCCCAUCCCAGAUGGGGCUGGGCAGUACUAUAUAGCAGGCCAUCUGCCAGUGAAACUCAGAGACUACAACAACCGCCUGAGGGUCCUGGUGGCCACCUAUGUUACCUUCAGCCCCGAUGGCACAGAGCUGCUUGUGAACAUGGGUGGAGAACAGGUCUAUCUUUUUGACCUGACGUCAAAGCAGAGGCCAUAUACCUUUGUGCUUCCAAAACUGUGCCAGUCAUCAGCAGACGUCCAGAAUGGAAAGACAACCAACGGCGUCUCCAAUGGCAUUCAUUUACCACCGGGCCACAUUCACUUUUCUGAAAGCAAAACGCAGUCCAGCUCUGCUGAGCUUCCCCCUCACUUGGAGAAAAUAAAGCAGCAGGCCAAUAAUGCGUUUGCCCGCCAGCAGUGGACACAGGCUAUCCAGCUGUAUAGUUUAGGCAUUCAUGAGGCCAGAGGCAACGCCAUGCUUUACGGGAACCGGGCUGCAGCCUAUAUGAAACGCAAAUGGGAUGGAGACCAUUAUGACGCCCUUAGGGAUUGCGUGAAGGCUCUGGCACUGAACCCGGGACAUCUGAAAGCACAUUUCAGGCUGGCACGGUGUCUGUUUGAGCUGAAAUAUGUGGCCGAGGCUCUGGAAUGUCUAGACGAUUUCAAAGGGAAGUUUCCUGAGCAAGCACACAGCAGUGCCUGCGACGCUUUGGAUAAAGAUAUCAAGGCUGCUCUAUACUCCAAGUCUGAUUCAGACGAUAAAAAGGCCAACAGCUCCAUUCGUUUCCACUCGUUCAGUCGUAAAGAGUCCAUUCCUGAUGACGAGAUAACUCUGAGGGAGCACAGUUUUGACUACAAGCACAGAUACUGUGGCCACUGCAACACCACCACGGACAUUAAAGAGGCCAACUUCUUUGGGAGCAAAGGCCAGUAUAUCGUGAGUGGCUCAGAUGAUGGCUCAUUUUUCAUCUGGGAGAAGGAAACGACUAACCUGGUGAGGAUCCUUCAGGGAGAUGAGUCAAUAGUCAACUGCCUCCAGCCCCACCCAAGCUACUGCUUCCUGGCCACUAGUGGUAUCGACCCUGUGGUUCGGUUAUGGAACCCGCGGCCAGAGACCGAUGGUGACAAUGGGCGUGUGGUGGAGGACAUGGAGGGAGCAGCUCAGGCAAAUCAGCGGCGAAUGAAUGCAGAUCCUUUGGAGGUCAUGCUCCUGAACAUGGGUUAUCGCAUCACAGGCCUGCGCGGCGUUGGACCCGACGGUUCUGAUGAUGAAGACAGCUCGGACGGACCAGUACAGUGCAGGACAAGCUAAAUACCCGUAUUUGUUCUGUAGAAUGGCUGUAGGAAGCAAAGGACUCUCCCAGAUUCUGUUUUAAUACCUGAACCCCGCUUCCCUGUCUGAUAGAACAUUGGGUGUGAUGCCACAUGUCUGCACUAUGCACCGCCAUCCUACGCCAGAUCUGGUGGAAACCACCUUUGGGUUAGGAGCUCAUGGAAGGCAGCAACAUCGCUCCCAUGCUUUCUAGGUACCAACAGCACCCACUCUGCAUUAGCAGAGGUUGAAUAGCGUCUGAGCGGAACCCUUCCACAUCAGCUACCAGUUUCUCACCAAGGAGGAGGUGUGCAGCGCUAAUACCUUCAGGUUUUUGUUGGAGAGUCCCGCAACACAAAGACGCAGCAGUGUAGAUUCACUCGACCUAUUUUCAGGUCGCUCAGUGGCCAGCUUUCAGAUGGAAGAGCACUUUUUGUGUCUGCAAAGCUUCCUGGUUCCUGCUCAGGUUGGAACAGCUGUGCACACCGGUCACAGGUUCUACGUCGGACUCAGUCCUGCGCUCAGAUGGAUUUUCUGUUACAGGAAGUCGUUGAACGAAGCGUAGCUCCUCACAUUGUGAUGAUCGUUGCUAAGAUUAAUCUAUUUAUAGUUUGAACUGUCAGGAAAAGCGAGAGUUUUCUUCUGCCAAAGUUUACCAUCUGUGUUUUAAAACCGCCAAGGAUUAAUGUUUGGGGUUUUUGUUCCUCCGUUUAUUUACACAUAAUUUGCUCAGUGUAGUUUACCGCUUAUAAAGAUGAAUGGGUAAUAACGAGGGAGAAUUUGUAUCACAAAUAACUUUCUAAUAACUUUGAUUUCACUCCUUUUAUUUUGCACAUACAUUUGAGAUGACUUUCUUUUUUGUAAUAAGUGGGAGAUUUGUGUUCCAUUAACUGGGCUGAAAUAAUUGUGACCAUUGAGUUCCUGGCUGUUCCAGUAUUGGUCAGGUUUUCAGCUUGCAUGAGGCUUCUCACGCUGAAGCUGCAAGGUUAAAAAAAAAGAAGAGCCACACCCCAUCAGGUGCACAGAGUACGGCUCAUUGAAUUUCCUUUAAACCCCAGUUAAAACUAUGUUAAAGAACGGGUCCUCACUGGAUCAUUCAGCUUCCAUGUGUUUUAGUUUUGCUUCGGUUUGUUUUCACCUCCACCGUGGACCCUGUAAUGAGCUUUGAUCCAAGCAAAAUUAAAAGAAAAU